CGAUGGGUGGGAGAACUAGUGUCUACGGUCGUUCGCGGAGCUUCCGCCUCUAACGCAAGGAACUUGUGCCAUAGACAGAUGAGAGAUAUUGUGAUGGAUUUUACACCGCAUUGUGCAUGGAGAAGCUGAGUGACAGCGCUAACAACAGGAGGAAAAACACAGCACAGAACAUAAAUCUGCCCGAGAAGUAAGUCUCCCCACUUGCAGCAAUGAGCGCAGAAGACAUCGUUUACACUGGCUGGCUCAUCAAAUCACCUCCAGAAAAGAAAUUAAAGCGCUACGCCUGGAGGAAACGUUGGUUUGUGCUACGCAGUGGUCGAAUGAGUGGCAACCCAGAUGUCCUAGAAUACUACAAAAACCACCACUCCAAGAAACCUCUCCGUAUGAUAAACCUCACUCAAUGUGAGAACGUUGAAGCUGGCUUAAAGCUCAGUAAAAAAGAAUUCCAGAACAGCUACAUUUUUGAAGUUAAGACUCCAACCCGUACAUUUUACCUGGUGGCUAAAACACAGGAUGAAAUGAACAGCUGGGUACGACACAUCAGUCUAAUCUGUGGCUUUAGUUCCAGUGACGAUGGAACAGAUUCCCUUGGGAGCUCUUCCCCUACUACCUCCUCAUCUCUCCAACCAUCUCCUGCUGUUUCAACUCAUACAUCACAGUCGAUCAAUAGAGAUCAAUUUCCCACAGCUCAGGAUUCUGUAAUGGAAGCCGACUCCAGGAGGAGUGAGUCAGAAUCUACAAUGUCUGCUGUCGUGCCUCUGGAUUAUCUCAUUUUAUCCCAAUGUGAGACCAAGUCAAUUGAUAUUGCCAGAAGCAACAGCUGUUCACCAUGUGAUAGAUCACUCGAUCAUUCCUUUGAGUUGACAGGAUCAGAUGAUAUUCAGGAGAAUCUACAGUCCAAGAAUGGCACCCCAACACAAACAUCUUGCAAUGUGCCUUUAUAUAAAAAUCUGCAAGAUUCACAAGUGGUCAUUUUUCCCAAUCAAGAUCAAAGUGGACCUUCAUCAGCAUCUUCAUCUCCAAUGUCAGUGUAUUCGUUCUCACAGAUCUUUAACUUUGACAAAAACCAUAAUGCAUUGCCAUUUGGUGUAACAGGGAUUCACCUUUUGUCCAACACUCCUCCACCAAGGCCACCAAAACCAAGCCAACUAACAGAGCGUGAAAAGACUCACAAAGUAAUUCAGAAUGGGAAUGGUGCCUAUGCAAUAAAUCCAGCACCAGUACCGAAAAGAAUCCCUCUCUCAAGUCUGGAGAAAAGAAGUUGGAAAGAUACAGAGGGGUGCAAUUUGCUGCCAUUUACUGAUUUCCAAGGGAACUGCAUAAUGUCUGCAAAUGAAGGACUUAAUCUAAAUAUGAAGCUCCCUGGCCAGCAGUGUAAUACCACAGACAGUACUGAUGACAGCUAUGUGCCUAUGAAUCCAGGAUCAUCUCCACUAAUGCCUACAGCUGACUGCACAUCAGAUGGGUACAUUCCCAUGAGUCCAGCAUGUACAAACCUGGUCUUGCCAUCAGUUGUCACAGACAAUCUGCCAUUACCUACACUUUCCACAGACAUUGAACCUCCUCCGGUUAACAGGAACCUCAAGCCUCGAGUCAGAAAGAUCAAACCACCACCUUUAGAUCUGACGAGUCUAUCGACAAUCAGGAGGCAUUACAACCAUUCUUGUGUCAACAGAACGUGCAGUAUGCCAUUUAGGUGGAGUACAGCCAACUGCAUCACACCAGAGAGUCAAUGUACUUCAGCCAGAAGCUUUUACAACACCCUUGAUGGAGAGUAUGAAGAAAAUUAUACAGCAAUGGAACGCUCCAGCUCUGUAUAUAAUGGUUAUGGCAGCAGUCACUGUCCCCGAACUUUAAACUUGGACUAUCUAGCCUUAGACUUCAAUGCAACAUCUCCAUCUCCUGUUCAGAAGAAGCCAUUCCUUUCAUCUAUGCUGGAAGAGAGGGUAGACUACGUCCAGGUAGAUGAACAGAAGACCCAGGCUUUGCAGAACACUAAACAAGAGUGGACUGAUGUACGGCAAUCUUGUCCUCUGUCAAAAACUUUAAAAUGACUAUUUUAUAUGACAGCCGAACUUUACAAUGGAUUAAAAUGCAAAUGGAUUAAUAUGGUUCAAGAAAUAACUAAUUGAAGGAGUAAGUUGAUUUCUUUCAAUUAAGAAGUGAACAUACAGUGAAAAUAGGCAGCUUCCAAAUUGCUGCCUCCAUCAGAGAGACAAAGAAUACACAAAGAAUGUUAUAUUUCUAACAGUGAUGCCACUGUAUUGGAUUAUUUUGAGCUAUUUUUGGUUUAUAUUUUAACAGCAAUUUGUUACGAACUGUGUCAAAUAGAAUCCAGAAGAAUACCAAGUGGUUUUAUUAGCUGCUGGUAUAACUCUUAUUUUUCAUACAGCAGGUCUGUCGUGAAGGUCAAAGGUCAAAAUACAGAUCACCUUCUGUUCUCUGCCCAAAGGCUGGUCCAACACAUAGUGGCAUGCUGUCUAAUGCAAGUGGGAAAGGGAGGCAGGUGCUGAAUCUACUCCAGGCAGAUCAGGCAUUGAACCCUGUACUGUUGGUCCCACUCUGAUCCAAACCACCUUCCAACCAACUGAGCCACACUGGCCACUCCAACCUGAGUUGCUAUGGCAACGUACACUUUUACAUGUGCGUUGUAGUCUGGAGGAAAUAAUGGUGAUGGUGGAGGUUCCGAUUUUCCCUCCAUUACAUAAGGAUCAGGAAUCUUUCCCCCUUUUUACCAGCUAUGAUUGGCUUAUGUUGUAAGAAUUUGCACAUUGGUGUUAAAUCUCUUUGACUGUGUUAUGAACUUUGGCUAUCAUGUCCUGGAGUAGGAGAUGAACCCAGAGCUUCUGGCUCAGAAGCAGGUACACUGCCCACUAUGUCACAAAAUGACAUGUCCUAAGUUAAGUAAAAAGGAAAGAGAGAAAAGUUGUAAAAUUAAGAAGAAUAGUUUCCAAGACAUCCAGCUUGGAUCAUAAAAGUCAAUUGAUUAAAAGAGAAAGAAAAGGGCUUAAGAGAUUUCAUCAUUUUGAAAUAGCAGGUGACUUCAGUGUGCCCUGAUUUCAAUGGAGUGGAAAUACAGUGAAAUUGGAAUCUGUGUUCGGCAAUAUUUCUGGAGCUGAGAGACCAACAAAAUAUAAAAUCGAGGGAAACAUUUCAGUAAUUGUGUUGAUUGCAAUGACAGUGAGAGAAAUCUUGGACGUAAAGUCUAACAGUGGCUUGCAUCAAACUUUCCCAUAUUCAGAAGUGCAGGAGAGCUGUUAAAAGAGCUUUAUGAUGACAGUAUUGAGGUUUUUAAGUAUAAAAUUCUGAGCCUUCAGUCAGCAUGCAGGGUAUAACUAGUAAUGCUGGUAUUUUAAUGUGGUAGCUUUUGCUACCAAAGGGCAUCAAACACAAUGAUAUGUAAACUAAUUUUGUCCUUUGGUUGGAUAGUAAUCGUUUAUAUGUUUAAGAUUUAUAUCUUUUUUACAAGUUUUGACUUUUGCUUGUAUCCUAAAAGAAGCAAAAGACAAAUCCCUAUGAAAUCAUAAUGUAAAUGUUUUUGGAAAGCCAAAGUGAAACUGCUGGACGGUUCCACAAGUCCUAAUGAUAUAUCUCCAAAUUAUCUUCAAUUUCUAAUAGAACAGAAGUUUCUGCCUCAUUCUAAGAUUCCUAUUUAUGUCGGAAUUAUUAUUACAUUUAUUGCACUAGUUUAUCAGGUAACCUUUUAUUCAAAUUGCAUAGAAGCAUUUAUUCUGUGACAAACAAGAACAAGGAACAGAUUUUUAUUUUAACUCAGGAAUAGAAUAUCAAUGUUAAUAAAACAAAUACUAAAAAUAUGAAUUCGAAAAGCAGAAAUUGUCAAACAAGUAAACAUCACAUCCAUUAUCAGGAGAAAUGAGUGGAUAGAGACCCUUUGUAAGAAUAAAUGAAGAGCCUACAUCCAAAACAUAACCUCUUAAAAAUGCUGACAAACCUGUUGUGCAUUGCUAGUAUUGGAUGAGACUUUAUCUCACUCAAAUUGCAUUUACUUGCAGAGUUAAAACUGGGCCCAUUUUGUUUCUUUUGUAGAAAUAUCAGCAAUCAUUUGUAAUUUUUCAGGAAUUUUUUUGGGCGAACAGAUUAAGUGAAUUAGCUGUUUGACCCCAUCUUAACUCAGCCUAAACUUGAUUCUACUCAACGUAAUCAAAUAUCCCCUUCUCUUGCUAAAAAGAAACUGAAAACUGUUCUGCUGAAGUUUAAUUUUUUCUUGCUUUGAGCAAAUCCUGUUUUACAAUCCUAAAGAAAGUGUUGACACAUGUAGGCAUUGGUUAUGGUUGUCAUAAAACCUAAAAUCUGAAAAUGGUCACCUUGUGAUAAAUGGGAUCUCCAAACUGAUUUGAGAUAUGACCUUUGCUACUUUUUUCUCUAACACUGUUGCUUUCCUGUGGAACUUUUUUGAUUUUUUUCACAUAGUAUAGAUGAAAAAAGAUUGAGGACAGUAGCUGGAUUCAGCCAUCAGUUUUUUUUUCCCUUUGAAGGCAUUGAUUGUCAGUGAGGUUCAACUGUGUUAUUAUUCGUCAUAUGCUUUUUGAGCUAAUGCGGGUGGAGGUUAACAUCAUAGUUGCAGCUUAUUCUAUUGUCGACUGUGCAUCAUGCAUAUACACUGGUUCCACUGAGGAAUGAUCAAUUCCAAAGGCCAAUACUGAUUUUCAUCACUCAGCAAUACUGGAGAAAUAAGGACUAAUUAGAAUAUCACAAGCACUGUCCUCAGUGAAUCUGUUAGCUCAGUACUGAAUAGGAAUAGAACCUGACACAUAUUAAUUUUGAAGGGUUAAUGUUACAUUGAACAAUAAUUUUACACCCAAGGUCAUUGAGGAGAGAUAGUAGUCAAAAACACUAGACCGUUUUGAUAACUUGCUUUCAAUCAGUUAUUGUAACCAAUACUCUCCAAGAUGUUGAAAAUGCACUUAUAUGUUCAGAUUAAAUUUCUCUGUUAGACCAUAAGACCUAGGAGCAGUAUGAGGCUAUCUAGCCCAUUGAAUCUUCUCCACCAUUCAAUGAGAUCAUGACUCUCCCACAGUGGGGAAUCAAGCUGUCAGCGUUCAAAAUAAAACAAGGAACUGGGGAUGCUGGAGAUCUGAAACAAAAACAAAAAGUGCUGGAAAAACUCCGUUCUGAAGAUGGUUCACAGCUUGAAACCUUAAUUCUGUUUGCCUCUCCACAUGUGCUGAGCUUUUUCCAGCACUUUGUGUUCUUGUCUCUCAGCAUAUACCCUGUCGAGACCCCUGAACAUUUUAGGUUUCAAUAUGGUCUCCUCUCAGUCUUCUAAACUCCAAAGGUUUUAACCUGUGGUUAUUAUUGCACAGUGCAAUUUCACUUGUGGAUGAAGUGUUAUAGCAACAAUUAUCAGAACUGAAAUAUUUCUAAUUCCUUUCUCAGUCUUGAUUAUGAAUAAUUAAAAUUUGGUAUUCAUAUUAUAUCAUAAACCCAGAAGAGACAGAAAGCCAAAGAUGUAUGUUUUUCUUAUGAAAAAUUAUGUGAACACCCUACCCAUUCAUCUCUCCAGAUCCAGUAGUUCAUCUUUGGGGCAUUCAGCUGUAACCCUACCACUGGACAGUAUAAGCAUUUCAGCAACUUUUGUUUUAUGGCUUCUCAUUUCUUAGCCUUGUUCUAGUGAGGAAGGCAGAGAAGCAGGUGAUUGGUUGCUUUUGGUGCUAAACAUGAUAGAAUGCUACUUAAUAUUAGAGUCUACAGUUCUACCAUGUCAUGAGUCAUAUCACCUACAUCCAUUCCAUGGAAACAAAAAUAUUGAUGCCAGAAAGAAAAAAAAACAUUAAAUUGUUCUAUUUAAUUGCUGAAAUGAUAUGUGGAAAAUUUUUAUCAUCUAGUAGCAUCCAAAAAAAAUUGGAAAGCCAUAAAUUCUGGAAAUAGUUGGAAGAUUACACAUGUUCUAUACAAGAAAUGACAUUACAAAAUUUCAUUCCUUUAUUAAAAUUGAUUUUUGCCUUCAUAUUCUUGGGGCAAAGGCCAUUAAGGUACAUGGAAUGGAGUCAAGUAAAUGAGAUUGGGUUACAGAUCAGGCAUAUCCUAAUUGAAUGGCAGAGCUGGCUGCAAUAUUUGAAUGUCUUUAUCCUGAUCCUAAAAUCCUAAUUUUAAUCCAACCAGUCGAAAGAAUAUGGAUAGGAUGAUGGCUAGUAAAUUUUAACAAUUUUAAACAAUGGGUUCAUCAAAGCAAAAAGGCAAGGAAUACUUUGUUAGCACAAAUAGGAAGAGCAAGGGCUGAUUUUUACAAUGAGUCUGCUUUCAAAUCCAUCUCUGAUUGAUGGAGUGAAAGUCUUUGACAAUUCGCCACAAGAGUUUAUUUUGAGAGAUUUGCGGUAUAAUCUCUGUUUAGCUGUUGGUUAAUUUCAUCAAAAAUUAAAUCAGACAGGGUAUAACAAUGGCAACUGAUCCAGUCACAACAAUUUUUCAUGUGACCUGUUUGGUUAAAAUUACCCCAUUCGGUUCACAUGAACAUACCUAUGAACCAACAGUAGAAGUAGGCCUUUCAGCUUGUCGAGCUGCUCUGCCAUUCAAAAGGUCACAGUUGAUCUGAUUGUAGCCUCAAAUCCACAUUUCCGUUCCCUUGAUAACCUUUCAGCCCCUUACUUAACAAAAAUCUAUCUACCACUGUCUUAAAAAAUAUUCAGGAACUCUACUUCCACAAUCUUUUCACGUCGAGAGUUCCAAGACUCAAAAUCUUUUGAGAGAGAAGAAAUCUCACUUAAAAUCUCUGUUUUAAAUGUGUCACCUAUCAUUUUUAAAAAGUGAUCCCAGGUAUAAAUUCUUCCAUAAGAGGAAACAUCCUUUCCACAUUUAGCCUAAGACCUUUCAGAUUUUAUGUUUUAAAUAAGUCGCAUCUUAGUCUUCUGAACUCAAGUGAGUACACGCUUAGCCUGUCCAGCCUUUCCUCGUAAGACAAUCAGUUCAUUCCAGGUAUUCAUCUGGUAACCUCCUGUGAACUGCCUCCAUUGUAUUCAUAUCCUUCCUUAAAUAAGAUGACUGAUACUGUGCACGGCAUUUCAGAUGUGUUCUCAGUGCCCUGUAUGACUGAAGCAUAAUCCCACUACUUGUCUGCCAGAUUCUGUAAGUACAAUUAACUAAUAACAUUCUCAUGUGAACAGAGAUUGCACUUUCAAUGACAACAAGAGGUACCCAGAGUUGCGCAAGUAACAGUUGCCAGGAAAAUAAAAGUCAAACCACUUAGAAUCAGUCAAAAAUAAAUAUAAAAGUGCACUGUGCUCUUAAAGAAAAGGUCACAGGAUUGCAUGUGCUGUUCAAAAAGAGAUACAUUGCCAGUAAUUUGAAAAUCUAGAGCUUUCAGUCUCAUUUUCUAAUCUGUUUUCAAAAAUAAACCAUUGAACUAUCUCAGAAAUAAUGUUUUCAAAAACCUCACAAACGUACUAACAAGGCAACAUAGGGCAUCAAAUACAAAUAAUGUAUUUGAAUCUUGUACUAGGAAACUAUAAGCUCAGAGAAUUGAUUCAACUCGUCUCCGCUAAUCCAUUUAGAAAAGUCAAAAGUAUCUUCUGAGAAAAUCCAGUUUUUUUUUAAUUGAUUCCACUGUGUCCCCAUAAAUCUACUCGGAACUCAAUUCUAGCUGUUGAUCAAGCGUUGUGUGAAGAACCUUGCACUUCAAAAUCUCAUUGAAAUAAUAGUUUGCAUUGAUUUUUUUCUUAAUGCUUUUGUAUAUUAUGCUACAGUUAUGUUUCAUAACUUUUACACAAUUAUGUAACAGGAGAAUCCCAUUGUUUUGUGCCCCUUGAUUAAAAGAAGAUUUUUUUUUGUUAUGGGGACUGGAAGGUGUUGCAUGAGUGGAGAGGAAGUAAUUAUUUUUGUGUACUCCAGUUCCCCAGGUAAAAAACAGUAUACAAUUAUCAAGAGGUUACUUGGGCAAAACAACUAAUUACGAGACUCCCAAAGGUAUCCAUUUUCAGAAUGAAGGAAUUUGACUGGAAUCACAGUUUAGAAAGAGAAAUAGAUUGGGACAAACUUAAUUCAGGAUCUUCUCCUUGUCUGUUCGUCAAUUGUAAAUAUUUGUAUAUAAGGAUCUGUAAAAUAUUUGUUAAAAUAAAUUGUGUGUUGUGCUAAA